CUUCCAUUUACAACCAAUCGUGUUUCAUGCCACUUUACAUAGUAUUCCAACAACCACUUUUGUCUCUACAUAUACGGGAAGCUGUGUAACUAGAAAGCACCUAAGGACUUAAAGUCCUUACCUCCGUAUUUCCUUAUUAAAAUCCUCGAUCCUACCCGCAACCUCUAACGUUUGAUCUAUCUUAUAAACUCACUAUCAUUGUGGAAUCGAUGGUUAGGACGUGGAGACGAUCAUUGCUUUAUAUUACCUAAGGGCAUUUUCAUCCCCUCCUUCUCAUCCUAGGCAGUUUAUCUUACCUAUCUACCUGGUAUUAUCAGGGAUACCUAUCACUUUUAUCAAAUCACAAGGCUCGCUAUGGGGUUAUACACUCAACUUCCUGAUGCCAUCCAAGAGGUGGAUGUAAUCAUCGCUGGAGGUGGUACUGCCGGUUGUAUAAUUGCGUCCAGACUUGCUGAUGCGGACCCAAAUUUGAGUGUCUUGGUCAUUGAAGGUGGACCGAACAACUACAAUGAGCCUCUUAUCGUGCAUCCCGCCUUUUUCUUCAGCAACCUAGCACCUGGCACAAAAACGAUCGCAUUCAAAGUGGGCAAUAAGUCAGAGCAUCUCGCCGGCCGAGAACUUGUUGUUCCUACCGCCAACGUCCUUGGCGGGGGUUCUUCUGUGAACUUCUCACUAUACAGUCGAGCUCAGCGAACUGACCUCGAUGCCUGGCAAGCGCCAGGAUGGUCCGCAGAUGAACUGUUGCCAUACAUGAAAAAGAUUGAAACGUACCACGGCGCGGACCCGAAAGGCUUACAUGGAACCGACGGUCCAAUCAUCGUUUCCAGUGGCUCGUAUCGUGCUACUCGAAUCGAAGAAGACUUCCUUAACGCCAUUAAGGCAGUAGGCUACCCCGAAAUUGAAGACAUAAAUGAUCUCGACAGCAACAACGGUGCUCAGCGCGCCGUACGCUACGUAGCUCCGGACGGGUUGAGACAAGACGUGGCCCAUUCAUACCUCCAUCCCAGGCUUAGGGAUGGAAAGCAUCCAAACCUUCACGUUCUCGUCGAGUCUAAAGUAAUACGACUUGUACUCGAUAAGAACCGCGCCGUCGGCGUCGUCUACAGACCCAACUCCGCCUCGUCUGCUGCUGAAGACCGAACCGUCAAAGCCAAAAAGCAGGUUGUCCUCUCCGGCGGAGCUUUUGGAACUCCAGCUAUACUAGAAAGGUCCGGCGUUGGCAAUCCUGAAAUAUUAAAGAAGGCCGGCGUGCAGCCCGUUGUGGAUCUCCCCGGCGUUGGCCACGGAUAUGAAGAUCACCAUAUUAUCGGAUACCCGUACCGGUCGAGCUUAAACCCGGACGAAUCCCACGAUUCGAUUAACGGGGGCCGCUUCAACAUGGAUGACCCCGAGACCCGCAAACUUCUAGGCUGGAAUGCCGCGGAUAUCACUUGCAAGCUUCGGCCGACGGAGAGUGAUGUUGCUGCUUUAGGUCCCGAGUUCCAGGAGGUAUGGGAGAAGGAAUGGAAGCACAACGCGAACAAACCUAUGGCAGUCAUGGCGGCAUACAAUGCAUUCCCCGGAGUGCCUAUUGGUCUCCCUAUCGCACAGUACUUCGGCCAUAACAUAUUCUCUCCAUACCCCGCCUCCCGCGGCCACGUACAUAUCACCGGCCCCGAUUUAGACGACAAGCUGGACUUCGAGUCGGGCUUUUUCGCAGACCCGGGUGGAAACGACAUCAAGAAGUGCAGGUGGGCGUACAAGGUGCAACGCGAGAUCGCGCGCCGCAGAUCAGUAUACCGGGGCGAAAUAGCUCGCGGCCACCCGCCGUUCGCAGCCGACUCUAAAGCGGCAUGCAUCGAGACGGAGGAGCCCCUCCCAGCGACGAUCUCUAAUAUCGAGUACACGCCCGAAGACGACGCCGUCAUCGACCAGUUCUUACGUGAGAACGUCCAGACGACGUGGCACUCGCUCGGCACGUGUAAGCUGGGCAAGCGCGAAAACUUGGGCGUGGUAGAUGCGAACCUAGACGUGUAUGGCACCGAAGCGCUGAAGAUCGCCGAUCUUAGCAUCAUGCCUCACAACGUUGGAGCGCACGCUGCGAACAUGGCUAUGGUGAUCGGCGAGAAGGCCGCGGACAUUAUCGUUCGUGAGCUAGGACUUGCGCACUAAUAGCGGUGACUUAUGAUAUGCGCUUAGGAGGUACCUAGGUCCUAGGGUAGAUAGUUGCUACUACUAAUUAACACCUGCGUAAGGAUGUAUCUGCCUCUGUCCUAAUUCUAGGUAGUUAUGCGAUAGGUACUUCAAUGUUGCUUCAAAAUCGGAUAUUGAAAUCCCAUUGCUACCUUCACGUUGCUUUGCAUAAUUGACCUGACAUUCCGACUCCUUCGCCGAGGACAAAUGCGAUGAAACUCCAGACGGAUACUUCCGAGCAUGUGGAAGCUAAAGGGGUCCUGGAUAUGUGUCCGUAACCCCCUUAACCCUCUAGGCCUCUUAUGGUUCUUAGAGGGAUAUGUAAGUGAGGUUGUAUCUGACUUCGAUACCGUGCUUAUACACACACAAGUUUUUAUUCGCUCGCAGCCCAUCUCCCAAGUUUUGCUAUGAUAAUAUUCUCGCCCUGAUAGACUAGCGGUGUGGUAACCAUUAUUCGAUCGAAAGUCUCGGCUCCUCAGUUAACGACAUCUUGUAUAACCGAAUCACCUACCUACCUAUCUCCUAAUGCAACCACACAGUUCGUGGCGUUGCCUUCUAGAAAAUUGCGCCGUUGCAUUGUACCCCCUUAACCCAAUAUCCGCUGCUCUGCCGUGCGACUACACGGUACACCCCGCAGAUACAUCAGCCAAUGGGGCGUCCAGAGGGGGAAGCUGGAAUUACUCGGCUUAGGUG